UGAGGGCACUGCAGCGUGGAUCCACCAUCUGAGAGUUCACCUGAAAUCGUGUGAGCUGGUUAUCACAAAUAUCCACAGAAAAGACUCACAGAACAGAUCUCCAGAUCUCCAGUGAAGCGUGCUACAGUGAAGUCAUGGCUGAACCUGAGCUCCGUCUUCUGUUGGUGGGGAAAACUGGUGUAGGAACGAGUUCAGCUGGAAACACCAUUUUAGGCAGAACCAUGUUUCCCUCAGCCACUGGCUUCUCCUCUCAAACUCAGAACAUCCAGAAACAAAGUGCUGUUGUAGAAAACCGGACAGUGACAGUGAUGGACAGUCCAAAUUUUUAUCACUCAGCACUUUCUGCGAGAGAUUUGAGGGUAGAAAUGGAGAGAGGUGUGAAAAGCUGUUCUCCUGGACUCCAUGUCCUCCUCCUCACUCUCACUCCACACACUUUCACUGAGCAAGAAGAAGAUAUUGUAACAUUGUUUAAGCAGAUGUUCGGGGAAGAAGCCCUGAGAUACACCAUGAUUCUCUUUACUCAUGGAGAUAAUCUCCAUGGUUCCACAGUUGAGGAACUGAUUAGAAACAACAUGAGACUCUCAAACCUAGUAGAACAAUGUGGAGGGAGAUACCAUGUGCUCAAUAAUAAAGACCCAGCUAACAGGGGUCAGGUUACUGAGCUGCUACAGAAGAUAGAUGUGAUGGUAGCUGAUAAUGGGAACCAGUAUUAUACACCACUACUGUUCCGCUCUGCCCAUUCCAUCACAGCAUACUGUAAAAGAGUAUUACUGACUGUUCUGCAGAAACCACAGUACCUGUGUGUUAUCUUUAUAAUUGUAAUAGCAAUGGGGGGGAUUAACAUGCAGAACAAGAGGUCUGUAGAUGUUGUGACUUUUCUUCGUGGCAGUCUGACUGGAUUAUCAGCAGCAGCAGGAGGAGCUCUCUUAGGGAAAGUGUGGCUACCGACAUGGGUAAAAUCAGCAAGACAGCGUCAGAAGGGAGUAAAACUGCUGGGGGGACUUUGUGCUUUUACUGCAGGUGUGACCAUAAGCUAUUUGAUUGGUCCAGGGGGAUUUCCUUUAACAGGAUUAGCUGGGUUAGCUGCAGUUGCUGGGGCUAAUGUCCUAAAAGAAUGA